AUGGUAUUGUUCUGUGAGGUAGCUGAUCCAUUAAGUCUUUGGGAAUCCAACUGGAAACUGAUUAUAGAAGAUAUACUAAAUAGGCAAAGGUGUAUCCUCCAAUUCCUAGAACUAAUUUUAUCAGAUGACCAAUUGAGAAAUUAUGGAUUGUAUGAAAUCGAACAAAUCCUCCAACAAUAUGGAAGAUCACUUAGAGAUUAUCCACAAAUGCCCCAGCCAAAUAUGGAUCUUAUUCAGAAUGGGAAUAGACUUAUUCAAGAAGAAAUGUCGUAUGAUGUAUCAAGUUUGAAAAGAGAACAUGAGAUCCUAAUUUCUGGCCUAAACAAUGAACAGAGAAUAAUCUACAAUUCUAUAAUGGAAGCUGUUGCUACUGAAAGAGGGGGAAUGUUUUUUGUCUAUGGACAUGGUGGAACGGGUAAAACGUAUCUUUAUAGAACCAUCCUGUCUGGUAUAAGAUCAAAAGGAAAAAUUGCUCUUGUUGUUGCGUCUUCAGGAAUUGCUGCUUUGUUGCUUCCUGGUGGAAGGACUGCUCACUCAAGAUUUCAUAUCCCAAUUAAUGUAAAUGAUGACUCUACCUGUGACAUAAAGCAAAGAACACAAGCAGCGGAACUUCUCUCAAAAACAAGUAUUAUACUUUGGGAUGAAGCACCGAUGACACAUAGGAAUUGUUUUGAAGCUGUUGAUCGCACGUUACGAGAUAUACUACAAAUUGAAGAUCCUCAAAAUGCUGAAAAACCUUUUGGUGGUAAAGUUGUAGUUCUAGGGGGUGAUUUUCGACAAAUACUUCCAGUUGUGAGAAAGGGAAGACGAUAA